AUGGCCAGCAAUAUUAUCGGCAACAGGAACAGCACCCCCGAGGCAUCCAAAACCUCUCUUCGCCCACCCACUUCCAGGACCAUUGGUACUUCCAGCACCCAUACUCAACCUGUUCGUUCUUCCGCCGACAUGUCCUUUACUUCUCCGCUCUCGGCACGCUCCAUCCGUCCUGCGUCCGAAGUUCUUUACAACCAACAGUCCCAGCAAGGUAGCUUGGAUGAUUCGAGCAAACUGGGAGAACAAUGGAUUCAGGAUAUUGAGCAGUAUGAGACAAUGCUGGAAGAGAUGGCUGCGGCGACGUUGGAUCAGGAUUUCAAAGACGAGCUGAGUGCAAUCGAACAAUGGUUCCGGGUGUUGAGCGAGGCCGAACGUACCGCUGCCACUUAUGCUCUAAUUCAACAAACCACCCAGAUGCAACAACGGUUCUUUGCUCAGGUCCUCAAUCAGAUGUCCAAAAGCCACCCGAUCUCAGGGGUUUUGUCUCCUGCCAAUUUUGGAGAAAAAGAUGCCAUGUCGAGUCGUCUGAGUGAUGCCAUGUCGAAACUGAAUGUGGAUGACCGGAGAACGUCCUUGGGUCGUCCUCCAGUUUCGCCUGCUGGCAAUAAGCGUAAUUCAGGCUUGGAUCAAUCGACCAUUCAUGCAAUGUUCCCGGAUGCUGUGGCAGCUAUUCAACAACAAAAGGCCGAAUAUGCGCAACAAACGGGCAACCCACCUCCAUCUAACAGAAACAGCACUGUCGCGGGAGAUCGUGGCUCACUCGUGGCGCCCACCAUAUCUGCUCCUCGGGAAUCCAAGACCGAUACUAUGAGUUGGCGUCAAGGUGGAGAAUCUCAGCAACCACCCAUCUCGCGGCCCAAGUCUUCAUCCGGUCAGCAACCACAGCAACCACAGCAGCAACCGCAGCAACAACCUAUGGGCCAAUUCAGUCAACCUCAAUCUUCGGGUGCUCUUCGCUCUCCACGUCCGUUGGGAACACAAUCGGGCAAUAUUCAAAGCACAACUUUGACUGCCCCAGAUCCAGUUUCGAGUGAGGUUCCACUUUUGUCGCCCUAUAAUGUCGGCAACCAGAGCUGGGCUUCGAUGAGUAACACUCCGAUGGCUCCUAACUUCAAUCAAGCUGCCACUCACAGUGACAUGGUGGCGAAUGCUACUGCCAUGAAACUUGCGGCUCUGUCAACGGUGAACAAUCGCAUUGCGUUGGAUGAUGUUAAGAAGUACCGACGGGCAAGAUCGAAUGAACCAAAACCGCAAAACCAGCCACCAUUGACCCCUGGACUCACCGCAUCUGGUAUUCCGGGCAUAAAUACGAUCAUGGUUAAUGACCAUGGCCAAAUUCUGAAUGCGCAACAAGUGGCAGCGAUUCAAGCACAACAACUUGCUGCUGCACAAGGUCGACGUUCGCGACCAAAUUCUCCAGGUCUUCCAUUGCAAACUCCUCUUGGUCAAACUGCUUUUGCUUCUCCUCAACACAAUGGGUUCUUGGCUGCCUAUGAUGGAGCUCCAAUCAUGAUGGGAGCAGGCAUGCCUGGUCUCGUUCCUCAAAUGGGUUCUUAUGGGGCUGGAGGUGAAGGUUACCUCUCGGAUCAUUCCGAAAUUGCUCGUGGACGUUCUCCUCGCGGACGACGGGGUAGUUCGAAACCUCCCGAGGAUCCUACAGAUCCAAACUUGCUCCAAGACAUUCCGUCAUGGCUCCGAUCGUUGAGAUUGCACAAGUACACCGACAAUUUGAAGGACCUCAAAUGGGAAGAACUGAUUAAAUUGGAUGACAAAGGGUUGGAAGCUCGUGGGGUGAAUGCAUUAGGAGCUCGAAACAAGAUGCUCAAGGCUUGUCUUGCAGACCCCCUGAAAGAAGGAUAG